UUAAUGGUAUUGAAACGACGUUGCUUUCAGUAAUAAUAUCAGUAUCCAUUACAAAAUAACUGUUUUCUGUAAAAGAUAAUCUGAAGUCAAUUUUACGUUGUUUGAAUUCAUAGUUUACUUUCCAAGUUGUCCUUAAAUUUCUAUUUGCGUCAUUCAUCUUUAUCGUGUUCUUUCAUGUGUCACUUUUUACGUCGCUAGAAGAUGUACGUGAAAUUUAAACAAAAUUAUGUAUGCACUUCAAUUUGUAGUUUCUAACUGCUACGUGACGAAGACGAGGCGAUGGAGGCGUUUAACCAAGCUUACGACGAAUUUACGGGUGUUCAUUCUCUCAAGGUGAGUUGUAUAGGAUAAUUUUACAAGUGCACAAAGCUGAAAGUUUAUGCAAAUUAUAUAGGGAUAUUUAUUUGAUGGUACUGAUACGAAAAAAAAGGACUACUUAAUUAAUUCAUAGACAUCCUUCCAAGUCUGUUCUUAAUUUUCAGCUGUGGUGCUCAUUUUUAAAUUUUUGAUUCUCGAUUUAAAUACUUUGUUUUGGUGACAAACUCGCAGCCGUAAUUUAUACCACGCUGCUUUGUUUACGUCGAGAGGUAUAUCUUUAAAAGAUUCAGUUUGGUUUGGUUUUGUUUAGAAUUUUUUUGUCUUGAUGCUGCAAUCGGAAAUGGGUUUGCAUGAAAUUCCCUUCGGAAGAAAGAAUCACCUCUGCGUUUUUUAUCCGUAAAAAGGUUGUAACAAAAUAUUUCUGGCCGCGUUUGGUUUUUUUUUUUUGCUUCGAUACUUGGAUUGAGAAAUUGUACUUUUCGUUUUUCUAAUUAUUAUAUGAUAAUGAAUCUUAACACGCAAAGUUCGAUCAUCUGCAAGUGCAUUCAAGUAUCUUCAUUACGGCCGCAUUGAGUUCGGCAGGAAAAGACCGUUGUAGAUGGUUGGCAGUUAUAUAUAGGGAACAGAUUAAGAAAUACAAUCCAAAAUCAUAUGUAAGUAAGGAAGAAACCAAAAAUCUAUUAUUAGCAAAAAAUUGCUAACAAAAAAAAACGAGUUAAGGUACUGUGAAUAAGGUGAGUGAAACGUUUACCCUUUCCAGGAGGAUGAUUUCUCUUCUCUUUGAUGAAAUAAAGCUACAAAGGGUUGUCCUCUUGAAAACGUAAAGGCUUAAUUGCUAAUGUGGAGAGGUUAAAAUAAGGACUGCACGCUAAAACAAUGCAAAAGUGGCUGUUGUUGGACAAAAGAGGAGGUUCGACCGUUCUUUUUCAUACUCAGCAUAGCACCGUUCUCCUUACUGUAAAUACAUGGAUAGAGUCCGGGAUGAAAUUUUUACACCGAUCAUACCUAAUUCAACAUUUCCUAUCAAUUUAUAUUGUUCUUGCUCUGAUAUUUGCAGUAUUUUUUAGCAAAAAUCCGCUUUCAUUUACUCUGAGAUCUUUAAGAAGAAAUACGGGGCAAAUUUUAAAUACAUUUAUCCCAGGUUUUGAAAGCGAUGAGGUCAGAUAAAACCAAAUUCCAAAGAAAAAGAGCUUUUCAGAGAGCUGUGAAGGAGAUUCUGUGGUUCGAGUAUGAGUUGUAAAAAAAUACGUACGAAAAAACAUAAAAAAAUCUAUUGCUAUGUGAUCAGGGUUUGUCUCAUGAAUAUUUGGUCUCAUAAUCAAACGUUGUUUCAUGAUAUCAUUCGAAAUCAAUUUAGUUCAACGAUGUGCUCAGAUCCUUUUACGAUGUACUGUGAAUAAGGAUAUUAGCUAGAAGGUGUGGCAUUCAGUGUAUGUUAACGCGUAAUGAUAAGUGGGUUUUUAGAGAGAACGAGUUUUAUUAAGGGCCAGUCUGGAUUGUUUUUGCUUUACGAGGAUUUCUUUCCAUCGAGUUCAGUUCUUUCCUAUUCAUUGUCGUUGUUCUUUGGUCCACGAAAUUGUUUUUUUCAUAACAAAAGGCUUCGUCACAUUUGAUAUUCCUUUUUUCCGUUCCUUUAGAAUGCAAAUUCAUCGAAAGGCUGUCAUGCUUUCAGCCUGAAAAGUUCUCCAAAGGACCGUUCGCAAGACAGAAAACUUCUUUUCAAGAUCUCUUCUCUGCUAGAAAAGGUGUGAACGUUUUCUAUGCAAAUUUUUUUUUGCUUUUGUCGUAAGAAACAUAGUCAGAAACAGUAUAGCAUAAACGUUAGCUUUGUCAGCUGUGAGGUUGCUAGCCACGUUCGAACUGACGAGGGUGUAAGAUGCAGAAUCCUUUCUGGUCUAAGGUCCUUCGCGACCUCAAGCAGUGCAUUGCCUUUCGAACCAGAAUAGAAAGAAGCCUAUUUUAAGUGUACACCCAAAUAUAUUAAAUAUAUCAUCAUGUGGCUUAUACUAGCUAACGCUUUUACUUUCUUCUCAGAAAGAGAUAGAAGUCGCAUCUUACCCAGAAGAUAUCUUUGAAGAACAAGAGCACUCAGACAGCAGCGACAUUGACGUCAGUGGAGAACAAGGUUAUUCACUCAAUGAUGACGAAUGCGAUCAGGUGUGGACGACAAAAUGUGAUUGAAAUUACUCAGCUGCUGCUGUCUUCAUUCCUAUUUACUUUGGAGUGACGUGAAUCAUAAAAUGAAAUAUUGAUUGUUGUUAUCGAAUAUUGAUUUUUUUUUCCUAGGUUGCGAAGGACGUCAUUUUCACUGAGAAAGGCUGCGAUGAUAAAGUAAAACUCACAGAUGAGGAAAAAGAAACUUUCGUUUCUGAAGGACUUCCAGUACCAAACAGGAUACCAUUGACAAAGGUAUAUUUAUAGUAUUAAUAUGGCUACUGAACUCUCGUCUGGAGACCGGAUAAUAGUCCUAAGGUAGCAGUGGGAAGUGAACCUUGAAAUCCUGCAUUUUGCAUGACAGAAAUGAUACAUAUAACCGGCGUCCUCUUACUAGUCGAUGACGCGGUCUUAGUAACCGUUAGAAAUUAUCUUUUGUUGGUUAGUACCUAGAACGAAACGACUACUAAAGGCAGCAAUAUUUUAUUUCUAGGCAGAAGAGAGGGCCCUCAAAAGGAUUCGGCGUAAGAUUAAAAACAAGGUAAGGAUUUAUUCUUGCUUCCCAAUUCGUAUCAGUUUUUUGUCAGUUUGUCCUGAAUAUUCUACUCCGGUCGGUACGUGUCGAACACGUAUGCGAGUUCUAGCACAUCCACAGCUUAAACACGAUAAUAAGUUGAGUAGCGGUUGUAAAAUAAUAUAAACCAAAAUUAGAGAUGGUAUGUUUUUUUUUUCCAAGCUCUCUGCUCAAGAAAGCAGGCGAAAGAAAAAAGAGUACGUCGAAGGUUUGGAGAAAAGGUAAGUUGCAUACUAACAAAUAAAAACUACCAAUAAAGUUACUGUGAUCCUUAUCCACUUAGCCCUUAAAAAAGCAGUCAGUGGUGACACUUUUGGGGGGAAAUAGUAUGUUUAAGUAUGGCCAUGCGAUGUGACCAUUGUUGAUUAAUUUAAUGCAAACUGGGAUUAUUACUGAAACAAAUAUAAGUAGGCAGUCUUGCACGCUAAGGUUCGCUUUAUUUACUUUGUUUUUCGAUAUAUUCGGGUGUAAAACCUAAUGUAACUUUUUCUUGGCCUGCUUUUGUCUGUUUUCACCCUUGCGCCGGCUAAAAGUUUAUUUAAGACGUUCAAGUGUCACAGAAUUGCUCUAAGGAUAUUAUUGUAAAGCGAUGCUCUCCGGACUUUGAUUUUGAUUUGGUACGUGCCAUUCUUUUUCAGGGUGGAGACGUGCAACUCAGAAAACAGCAUACUUCGACAAAAAGUAGACUCCCUUGAAUCGACCGUAAGGUAACAUAGAAGAAGCCUUCAAUAAUCAUACAAAUUAUCUCAGUCAGAGUAGAUCAUAAUUAAGUCUGAAACAAUGUUUUUCUUCUACAAAGAAAACACAAAGUGGUUAUCAGACAUUUAAAUCAUUAAUUAAGGAGGGAGAACAAAGACAAGGAUUAGUUAAUAAAGAACUCACAAACCGUAUGCUUAUGGCUUUGCUUUGGCUCGCACAAGUUCAUUAAGGAUAUUGUAAUUAUGAAAGGCAAGAAGAUUGAAUGAAAGAAAGAUAAUUAUCCUCUUCGUUUUUUUAUUUGCCUGAUAUCUAUUAAUAUACCUGUUGAAAAGACUAAAAUUUUAACAACCAAGCUAAGCUCCUCUGUAAAAACAAGACAAAAAGAAAAUUUUACAUUCGUGAAUUAAGGUCCUUGAUGAAGAUAGAAUGCACAAUAAGAGUUGCCACCCAAAGUAUAGGUGCAAAUUGAAGUUUUCGUACAAUUGAAUUCAGACCACUGUUUAGAUCACGGUUAUUUCUGGUCACCCAAAAAAUAUGUCUGAUUAGGUUCAAAUUGUUCGUUUGUCUUCAUUUCUUCCAUUGUUAUUAAAAACUUUGCAUUAUUCUUUACAUCAUUAGGACUAAAAUCAAUUUGGUGCACUUGCUUGUUUUUAGAUAACUAGAGCAUUUGUAACCGAGAGUGUAGAAAUAAAUAGUUGUGUGAGUGUGCUUCCUAAUAAAUCUUAAUUUACCUUAUGGUGAGUUUUAUCUUCACCAAAGAACCAUCUCUCUCGUAUCUUGGUUACACCAAAUGUAAAACCCUUAAAGUUGAAAAAAGUUUUGCUGACAGGCUUUUGGGGGAAAAAAUGAAAGUAAAUUUUAUUUCUUAAAUUUUUAGGGCGUUGCUGACAGAGCUAAAUAGAUUACGUAAAGUUUCUCUGGAGAAACAGGGAAGAGAAAGACCUGAAAUGAGAAGCAAAGGAACUCAGACGGGCACAUGCCUAAAAUGGUAAGAACCGACAAAGCUUAACUUGAGUAAAUAAGUGAUACUCCCAUAUUCCACUCUACACUCUAAAGCAAAAUAUAUCAAACGAUUAUUUAAUGAUUAUCAUUAUUAAAACCCAUAUGUGUCUCCAUUGUUUUGAUGUAUCAGUCUAAACGAUUGGUUCAAAGGCCAGUUUUCAUGUUUAGAAUAGUUAAGACUGGUAUUUUUAACAAUUCUCAUACGCGGAAACUCCCACAGUUCCUCUCCUACACAGGUUAUAUUUCUAGUGCAGGUCCCCCUUACCUACUUUUCAAAACGAAAGAGUUCGCACUCUAUCGUAAUAAAAUGUAGCUCCACUGGAGAAAUUUUCUAAAUGUAUAGUUUGACAAACUUUUGUUUCGUUUUGCUUUCACCUUUUACCGACUCAGUCUCAAGAAAAGAAACGCCGUUUACAAACAGCAAAACCUAGCAAGACUGGAACAUCUCCGACAAAAUAACAACCUCUGCACAUCUCAGCCUUACAGCUUGCACAAGCUUGAAACACAUAGAUGAGCCGAGGAGAUUACAAUUGGCUUCCAAGCAGUUCCUGUCCUACAGAUCAAGGCCGAUCUUAGUAGUUCUCGCACGAUGUAUUUAUAUGAUGGUGUGGGAAACCUACAUAGAGAAAAAGAGAGACGAGGAUGGAAUACAUUCACCGGUUGUUGAGAAAGAAGUCAUCUAAAAGAAUAAUUGAUGUAUUGGUUUUUCUAAAUAACUUAACUGCACGUUGAAUAUGGGUACACUAUGUGAAAAAGACAAUGACUUUGCAAUCAGUUUAUCUAAUCUCGCUCGAGGAAUUUAGCCCCUAUAUCAAUAGGGUAAAUGUUUUGAAUCAUCUCAUACUGACAGAUCAGCUAUCCAUACGAAAUUUAUGUACAAAAAUCUUGAAAAUCGUGUAGGUUUCUAAGAUGUGGUGUAUUAUAUAUAUCUUGUGAAAUGACUGUAAAUAAUUUUUGCUUGGAAUUCUUUCUGGUGGAGUAAUAUAGUACGCGUUUAGAAUACAGUUAUAGUUAUUAUUAGGAGGUUAAAAGGGCAAAAGAGUCCAAUAUAUAAAAAUAAUCUAGACGUUCAAACAAGAAGCAGGAGAUUUUUAAGAAUUUCCCUCUAAGCCCC